UUCUGAUCAUUGAACCACCCAUUUGCUGUUACUAGAAACGUCCUCUUUGGUGUACAAUUUCGCAAAGAAAAAAAUCUAAGACUAUGGUUUGGGGUCUUUUUCCUAUUGACCAACUUCCAGGUGAAGAUGAUUACUAUUUUUUCAAUCAAGGUGCAUAUAAAGUGGGUCGAAAAGGAUGUGAUGUCAUUGUCAACAAGGAUAAAGGAGUUUCAAGGAUCCAUGCAGAGAUUUUAAUAGAUGAGAUGAUUUCUUUGGAUCAUUCGUUGAAGAAACCCUCAAAUAUUCUGUCUAAAGUACGUAUAAAAGACUGCUCAAAGUAUGGUACAUUCCUCAACACGGAUCUGGAUUCAAAGGAGAAAGUUCAUGAGUUUCCAAAUAAAGAAACAAUGCUUAAGGAUGGGGAUCUAGUUUCUUUUGGAACUGGUAAUACAACUUACAGAUUCUCCUAUGUGUCCUUCAUAUUUUUCAUUUGCUCCCCGAAGCAUUCAAAGACAAAUCAACUUAUUACAAAGAAGGUGUCAUCAAUAGGCGCCACUAUAACUAAAAAGUGGAGUUUGGACUGCUCACAUGUGCUUGUAGAUUAUACUUGCAAAAAUCUUAGGUGA